UAAAUUUUAGCACCCCUCUCCCAAACAGGGCCUAAGAUGAAGGAUGGCCAACGAAAUUGCAAAGUUGAUUAGUGGCCACGAGCUACGGAUAGAGACGGCACGCCCUUUGGGAAUGUCCAUCUAAACUCCCUUUUUCCGGAGAAAUACUUAACUCUUCUUGAAGCUAGAAAUUAGUGUUACAAAUCUUUAGCCUAACAUGCUAAUUUUACUAGUAUGGAGUGGUUCUAAACAUAUUAUUUAUAGUUUUAGCCUUUUUAUCGUGAGAAAGGAUUUCAUUGAAAUAUUAUAAGUAUUGCUUUGGUUGACAGUGAUCAAGAUUCUUGCAUAUAUUUUUCUCAUGUUUGCAUUAGCUAGAGGUUAUAAAGCUGCUAGAAAAAAAGGUCUAGCCAGUCCAAACAACCCAACUCAUAGAUAGCUUAUAGCCCAAUUUUCAUAUAUCAAUUACCCAGCUUAUGAAAAACUCACUACUGUCAAACUAUUCUUCGAUCCUCAAUAAAAAUCUCAUGACAAAUUAGACCCGGGACUAGUGAUACAUCACUCCCGGGUCUAAAUUUCGUAGCCCGUGGGGGGCCCUUAAUUUAGUCCCGGUCUGUAACACCAACCCGGACUAGGAUAACCUUUAUUCUCGGUUGAUGUUACAAAUUGGGACUAAAGGGUUCCCCAUGGGUGACUACAAAAUGAAAGCAUCACCUACUCAACCACAUGGUUUGUGUAGAUGAGAUGGUAAUGAAACUACACGCAAGGCAAGAGGUCGCGGGUUCGAAUCCCAUGCACCACGUACACGCAUAUUUCGCGUGAAAAAAUCACGUGACUUGUGACUUUAGAAUAAUUUUUUGACACAUAACUGAAAUAACUGGGAUUAAAGUUAGGACCUUUAGUCCCGAUUGAUUUAUCCCGGUUGGGAAAAGUGGGAUUAAAGGGGGUUUCUCAACCAGGAUUAAAACAAUUUUCCAGUAGUGACUAUAAGCUGGUUUUCCCCUAGCUAUUGUAGCUUAUACUCCCUCCAUUCUCUUUUGAUAGGGAUAUUUCACCUUGACACAAUGACUAAGAACUACAUAUCAUCUAAUAAAUGCAAACAAACCUUUUUCACUAGUUCUCCAAUGGUUGCUGCGAUGACUCCUCCUCCCCGUUGUUGAUGCAAUUUUUUGCCACGGCCCACAUUGUUAACAACUAGGACUAUCAUUUGUGAAAAUAUGAAUUUUGGAAAUAUGCCUAUCAAAAGCCUUGCAACUAUAUUCAUGUCUAUCGAACAAAAAAGUUAUGGCUACCGAGCACAAGUUUCAGUGCAAGAAAAUGGAUAGAGAACAAAUCUGCUGAAACGAGAAGAUACAAACACUCUUUUUUUGUGUGUUCUUGAUGAUUUCAAACUCCAGCAAACUACAGCUGUAAACUCAGGAGAAAAUGUCUAAAUUUACUGAUACGACUUCCUUAAAAAUCCUUGGGUUGGCACCUAUACACACUUCCAUUGCUUUAGCCAACAUAUUUAUGUUGAAAUUUUGAGUCAAACUGUGGCUAGUAUAACUUUUACAAACGUAAAACGUGUUGACCACCUGGAAAAUCCACCAGUCUCCGUUUACCAUCUAGCUGUUUACAUGUGCACUGUUGUUGCCGUUGGGCAAUAUUACCAGUCAAUUGUUUGACAAAAAGAGUAGUGGGAGAAUACGGUGCUGUUGUGGGCCGACAGGACAGGAGCGUGCCUUAGCCGGACCAUAUGGAUGAGGAUGAGGGCGCGCGUUCUGGCCUGUUCACAUCGCUGGUUCACGAGUCACGACAGUCGUCGCUUGGUCCCGGCACUCCGGAAAUCCCUGUGCGAGAUUGUUGAUGGCCCGAUUGCCCAGUCAAAGGUUCCGGCUAGUACAUAGGACAUGCUCAAUCAUAGGCUGCUCGCAAUUCUCUUGCGCCUUUUCUCACACAACCCCAGCACGGCAGCACCCCUUUCUUCUUCACUGGAACUGUCGAAGCUUCGCUGUUCUUCUCUCUUGGAGUUCGUCGAAACCUUGCUCAGUUGCCAAGCUCUGAUGGCUCCCAGCUUCGCCUCCCCCGUCUGGGUGGUGUGGUCGUUGAUACUGAUGCUGGCAGCAUCAGCGACGGCGGCACUGGCCAACGUGCAAGGAGGAGAUUGCUCGGCCAAUACAAGAUGCGGCAAUCUGAACAUCUCCAAGCCAUUCGGGAUCGUUCCAGAUCAAGCAACGGAGCCCAACUGUGGUUCGCUUGGUUUCCAGGUCAUUUGCAAGAACCACACUCCGUACCUCGGGUACUACCACCCGAACAAGAACAUUCCUGACUACUACCAGCUCCAGAUCCUGGACAUCUUCUACGGCAACGGAUCCUUGCUUGUCGCGGAUAUGGAGAAGCUCGAGGACUUGAGAAACCUGACCCAUGAAGACUGCCAACAAUACAGAUUCCCUACAGCUAACACCUCAUCGAAGAUAGCUCUCCCGUUCUCGAUCGACCCCAUCGUCAAUCAGAAUCUCAUCCUCUACAACUGCACCAAGCCGUCGGCGCCGGCAGCGGCAGCGGCCGAGGGGCUUGCGGAGAGGAGUUGCGGAAACAACACGCUUUAUGCUCGCGUCGGAGACGAGCGGGGCAACUCCAGCAGCGAUGACUCUAUUAUGAAGGGCUGCACUGCCAUCUUCGUGCCGGUGCGUGGGGGAUAUGGCAAGGCGAGCGCGAGCAACUACGCGCAACUCCUCAGCGACGGCUUCCUCCUGACAUGGCAGCUGCCACCGUUGCAACCGCGAGCAGGAGGAAGCAAUAGGAAGAUAAUGAUAGUCAGUAUCACCUGUGGAACAGUUGGUGGUAUAUUGGCAGUAGGGAUCCUCAUUUUUGUCUGGCACAAGCGCAAGAGGAGGAAACAAGUUGGAGCUCCAAAUGGCUUCAUGCGUAGUGAAUCCUCUAUGCAAUCAUACAGCAAAGACCUUGAGUUGGGUGGUUCUCUCCAUAUUUUCACUUAUGAGGAACUUGAAGAAGCUACUGAUGGAUUUAGUGACUCGAGGGAACUUGGUGAUGGUGGUUUCGGAACUGUUUACAAAGGCAAACUCCGGGAUGGAAGAGUAGUCGCAGUUAAGCGCCUUUACAAGAACAACUACAAACGGGUUGAGCAAUUCAUAAAUGAGGUAGACAUCUUGUCCCGCCUCCUCCACCAGAAUCUAGUCAUCCUAUAUGGGUGCACAUCUCGUAGCAGCCGUGACCUUAUGCUCGUGUACGAGUACAUCCCUAAUGGGACCGUUGCAGACCAUCUUCAUGGACCACGUGCAUCAGAACGGGGCCUGACAUGGCCUGUAAGGAUGAACAUUGCCAUAGAAACAGCUGAAGCACUUGCAUACCUCCAUGCAGUUGAAAUCAUACACCGUGAUGUUAAGACCAACAACAUAUUGCUGGACAACAGCUUCCAUGUCAAAGUUGCUGACUUCGGGUUGUCACGUCUGUACCCUCUUGAAGUCACCCAUGUCUCAACUGUCCCACAGGGCACACCAGGCUAUGUCGACCCGGUGUACCACCAGUGCUACAAGCUAACUGAUAAAAGCGACGUGUACAGCUUCGGAGUUGUGUUGGUAGAGCUCAUAUCCUCUAAACCAGCUGUUGACAUGGGCAGGAGCCACAGCGAGAUUAACUUGGCCAACAUGGCUCUCAACAGAAUUCAGAAUCACGAAGUUGAGCAACUGGUUGACCCCGAGCUCGGUUACGAGACUGAUGAUGAAACAAAGAGAAUGGUAGAUCUCGUCGCCGAGUUGGCUUUUCAGUGCUUGCAGUUAGAAAGAGAGUUGAGACCGUCGAUCAAGCAGGUAGUGGAGGCCCUGAAUUGUAUCAAGAAUGGGGAUUCCCCAGAAAAAAGGAUGGAUUUGAAGUCGUCUCCUAAGGAAGAUUCACACUUGCUGAAGAAUAGCGUACAGUAUUCGCCUGACUCCGUAAUCCACAAAUUCCAUAGUCAAUCGACUACCCACUCGGUAGCAUCAAAUGCUAGUGGAUGAGGUUGAGAUUCCUUGUAUGUGCUGAUCCUGAUGAAGAAAUAAAGCCCUUUCGGAUGAGUUGUAUAUAAUAUAGAGAUUUGCUAAUGAGCUGAUUCAUAUGGGUAAAUUUUUCUGCGUUUUUUUUUGUUGACUGAUAUAGAAUCAUGAUGUACGAAGACUCUUUCAACUAUGAGCUUGCCACAAAUUCAAACAUUAGGCAACUACUAGAAGCUGUAUAAGGGUAAUAUGGAAUAUCUUUCAUGUUGAGAAACAAGGGUGAGUUAAGAUGAUGAA